UCUAUUUCCACCUCACAUCUACGUGUGUCACUCUUUCACCCGGUCAUCCUCUGUACAUGCUUUGCCGGGUCGCUUGACAUUGUCGCCACCAAAACAAAACUCGAUCAAGUUGCUGCACAGUUUAAAGUGCGUGGGCGGGAGACAUUGCGCAGUAAGGUGAUGCCAAAGAUGGAUGCAGAAGAUCACCAUUCGCACAACAAAAAGCUUUUAGCCCCUGGCCGGCAUACUGACGCAUUCUCAAGGUCUUAAUCAACGCUCUUAGGUCAGAAAACGUCACCGAAACACCCAUCAUCGAGCUCCUACCUGCCACAUCACGAAGGCGCAAUCGAACGGUCAAAUGGAAAUACUGUACACGGCUGGAAUCGCCGCAGGUAUCAUGGAAGGUAUCAACCCCCUUGAUGUACGGCGUGGAGUAGCACGAGAGUCUGUCCAUUUUCCAGGGACCCAGAGGCCUUAACCUGGCAUCGACUGCUCCCAACAUGGGCGAUCCUGAGAAUGAACGCGACUUGCCACCGAAUCAGCUCGAGCAUCGUACCAAUUCUCUUGAUUUCAAGGAAACCCCAUUCUCGCGCACGCCGACGUCUACCGCACUUGUCCACCACGUGCGAAAAACAAGACGAGAGAGAAGACAAACGUAGCGACGAGGAAUAGAUGAAGACAACAACGCAUAGAAAGACGAGGAAAAUGACGAUUAAUCUUCCGGGCUUUCAAAAUGAGACAACGGUGCUCGAUGAGGGAAUGAACGCGACGUGCGCUGACAUGAAUCAAACACUCAGAUUCCGAAAUGCAUUUUGUUUACUUAAAGAGCUGUGAUUUGUACGAUGUUGCACCUCAUUUCAAUGAAUUCGUAUAUGCCUGAAUGACUGAUUCUUCACCUGGAUUUCGAUAGAGAAGUGGUAGGUAGGAUACAAGGACUUUGUUGCUAAACACAUGCUCGCUUUACGUCUAGAUCCGCGGUACACGUUCUCGCCUUUUCUAUUCUCUUCGCCGAUCAUUUCUCGUAAC